AUGGCUUUUAGCACAGAAGCAGAUUUUGACAAGGCCUAUCAAUCAGUGCGCACAGCCUUUGACAAUGGAAAAACCAAGCCAAAAGCGUGGAGACGGCAACAACUCAAACGCACAUGGUGGAUGAUCGAAGACAACAAAGACCGUAUUGCCGAUGCGAUUUACAAAGAUUUGCACAAACAUAUCCAAGAAAGUCGCAUGGCUGAUAUAGCCGCCGCACAAGACGAAAUCCUGGACACACUCAAGCACCUUGAUGAGUGGACAAAGGAUGAGAAACCAUCGCGAACAAAUAUUCUCAAUUUCCUCGGUGGCGCGACUGUGCGUAAAGAGCCGCUCGGCGUCACUCUAAUCAUCGGAGCUUGGAACUAUCCGAUGCUGCUCUUACUUUCACCCAUGAUAGCUGCCAUCGGAGCUGGCUGCGCGAUGAUUCUGAAACCUUCGGACAUGGCGACCGCUUCUCAAGAGCUUUUGAUGGAAAUAAUCCCACAGUAUCUUGACCAAGAUGCCAUCCAAAUCAUUAGCGCAGGCCCCGCUGAGAUGGGCCGCAUACUGACCCAUCGCUUUGACCAUAUAUUCUAUACCGGAUCUCCGAAUGUCGCAAAGAUUGUGUAUACGGCUGCGGCAAAGCACUUGACACCAGUGACACUCGAACUAGGUGGACAGGGUCCAUCGAUCGUGGCCAAAACAGCUGACAUCGAUCUAACAGCGAAACAUAUCGCAGCAACAAAGUUCAUGAAUGCUGGUCAGAUUUGCCUCAACGUAAAUCACGUUUUUGCUGAUCCCUCAAUUCGCGGCGAGCUCGUUGAGAAGCUCGGAAAAUAUUUCGAUUUAUUUAGUGGCGGCCAAGAACGGCCAGAGCACUAUACGCAUAUCGUGAACGAUCGAAACUUCAAUCGACUUGAAAAUCUCCUGUCUGAAACAAAAGGACAGGUAGUCUAUGGAGGAAAACGUGACAAACAGACACGUUACUUCAGUCCAACCAUCGUGACGGAUGUAAAGCCCGGCGACUCCCUACUCUCUGAAGAACUUUUUGGCCCAAUGCUUCCUAUCAUCGACGCAGACUUGGAUACGGCAAUCAAGUACACACGAAGCGGAGAGCAUCCGCUUGCAAUUUACGCUUUCACCAAGGAUGCAAGCGAAAAGGAGCGUAUUCUAGAAGAGACUCGCUCUGGAGGUGUGACGUUCAACGACUGCGUUUUGCAUGUCGCCGCACACGAUGCGCCCUUUGGAGGAGUUGGUAACUCAGGCAUGGGUUAUUACCAUGGUCGUUAUGGUAUUCUGACUUUUUCACAUCUGCGAACAUACAUCAACGCCAUGCCGAGCUGGAUGGAGCCACUGCUCGACGCACGGUAUCCGCCGUAUACUGUAGCAAAAUCGAACAAGAUGUCGCCUCCUUCGAAACCCACAUUUGACAGGGAAGGAAACGAUUUAUCGAGCGGAGCAUCCUUCAAAAUCGCCGGGCUAGCAGUCAUGAUUGCAAGCAUAGCUUAUGCUCGUAGUCGGGGAUGGAGUGGCUCAUUCAUCGAUAUUCCUUCGUAUUUUAAGUAA